UCGCACGUACUGACACCUCAGGCUCAGCUCCCGUAGUCCCGUCCAUAACCUCGAAUACUCCCCGGUGCCGGUGCGCACAAGCACACACUCCUCCCUCAUGGCAGCAUCCACGACCUCUCGCCCCUUCAUGCCCUCCCUCGACCGGAACCAAGCUCGCAGCCGGCGGCGCACAAACGUCGUCGUCGUCGCCGCUGCGGCAGGUAGCUCGCCGGACGCCGAGCCGGCCGCGGGGGCGGCGGGACAAGGGAAGAAGAAAACGGUGGACACGCGAAUACACUGGUCAGACCCGGACGAAGGGUGGAUAGGAGGGAACGCCAAGAAGGACGGCGACGACGGCCGCGGCAGGAGCAGCGAGCCUUUGGGAGGGAGGUUCGCCGACCUCAUCAACAACCCAUCCGAGUCUCACUACCAGUUCCUGGGGGUAGCACCUCAGGCGGACAUAGAGGAGAUCAAGGCGGCGUACCGGCGGCUGUCCAAGGAGUACCACCCGGACACGACGACGCUGCCGCUCAAGUCGGCGUCGGAGAAGUUCAUCCGCCUCCGCGAGGUGUACAACGUGCUCAGCAAGGAGGAGACCCGGCGGUUCUACGACUGGACGCUGGCGCAGGAGGCCGAGAGCCGACGCCUGCAGCAGCUCAGGUCCCGCCUCGAGGACCCCUACGAGCAGGACCUCCAGAGCUACAAGUCCGUGCCGGACAUGGUCGAUCGCCUCGGCGGCAAGAACAUGAAGCUCAGCGACCAGGCCAUGACCGCGCUCACCGUCGACAUCGUCAUCAUCAUCUUCUCCGUCUGCUGCAUCAUCUACGCUGUGUUCUUCAAGGAGCAGUACUGACGGCAGCAUGUCAGCAGCAGCAAGCUUGCAGGAAGAUAUAGGUAAAUUAACUGAUGAUAAGAUUGUCUUUUCGGACAUUAUAUAAUCCUAUAUUUGUAAUGUCAAAUAGAACAAGACGGUAACUCAUCGGUAUAUUUGUGUCCUCAAA